AGCUAUGUUUAGCCAUUUUACUAGUGUGUGUCAUGCAAUAGCUGUAUGUACAAUGACACACUGUCUUUAUGUCACUGUCAAUGUAAAAAAGAAAACAAAAACAAUCUGUGGAACAUUUAGAAAUCCAUGGGACAAAACAGUGCUUUAUAUGCAAAAAGGAAAAGGAAAAGGUGAUUAAACAAUUGGUGUGAAAAUAGAUUUAUUAGAUUAUAGAUUUUUAAAUGAGCCGACUGUUAUUGUCAGUAAUGCGACAGUGUGAGAUAAUGCUCAAAAAAGCCUGAUGUGAUGACUAAAGAAAUGCCAAAAUUUUGAGUGGAAUUAAUUUAUAGUAUGUUUCAGGCCACAAUGUAGAUCCUGGACCUUCCUAUAAAUUGGAGGUGGCUAACAUUUUCAAAUAUUCCCCAGUUUUCUGUUACUAACUAACUUAUUGAACCCUCCAUGAAUUGAUUUAGGUGUGGCGUGGCAGGAAAAACAUGAACAGCAUAGAAAUACAGAGCAUACUGAAAAAAUAACCAGUGAAGCGAGUCAGUGGCGCAUCACUGAGCUGAAUGUCGCAAGCCGAGUUGGAGGCGUGGCCUGUCUCACUGCGUCCCGCCCACUUUCACUUAAAACGUUGCGCGGACGCCUCGCAAUUUCUGUCGGUUAUAUGAACUUUGGAUAUUAUAGGAUCUUCAGCUUACUUUUGUUGUUCAAGGCUAUACAUAUAAUUAUCUCAACUGACAACAACUGGGAAUUCACAAGAUGGCGAAAGAGGUAUCGUUUGCUGUGAUCCUGGGUUUGUGGCUAAUCUGCUGUCCUGUGAAGUGCUGGAGCAGCAGCGGAUUUCAAGGCGCCGUUCCUCAUCACACUAAACUCAGCCCUAACUCCUGGGAGCAGACCGCGCAGCCUGCACCGAGCUGGUUCGCCACGGGAACAUCUGCGCAUGCGCCGACACAAGAGGUUCUCGACUCCAGCCAGGAGGCUCUGCAUGUGACCGAGCGCCACUACCUGAAGCGGGACUGGUGCAAGACGCAGCCGUUGAAGCAGACGCUAGAGGAAGAGGGCUGCAUCAGCCGUACCAUCAUUAACAGCUUCUGCUACGGCCAGUGCAACUCCUUUUACAUCCCGCGGCACGUCUACCAAGAAGAAAGCGCCUUCCAGUCCUGCUCCUUCUGCAAACCAAAAACAUUCACCGUCGUCACUUACACGCUGAUAUGCCCGAGUCAGAUCCCGAGAAUCAGACGGAAACGUGUGCGUCGCGUCAAACAGUGCCGCUGUACUUCCAUAGACUUGGAUUAAUAACCAUCUGAAAAUGUUACGUUACACCUUUCAUGAGAUUCUGUAAGUUUAUGUCAAUGUUAAGUUUAGUUAAGUGCUGACUGGGGCUUGAAUACACUAUACAUUUUCUUGUGCCCUUUUGGGAAUGGUGUCCUUUUAUACCUUUCAUGCGUAUUUCUCAUCUGGAAACAUGGAUAUUGUGUACCUUUAUGGGUGAAUAAUGAUUAAUAGACUUUUUAAAGUAAAGUUGUACACUACAUGCACCUUUCUAGCUAAUAGACACUAAAGAAACAAAUGAUGUACCCUAGAAGGUACCACCUCAGCGAAAAGGAAAGGCACAGUACCCCAUAGUACCCCUUUUUUCUGAGAGAGAGAGUACAAAUAAAGAACUGUUCAAAGACUGUUCAUAACACAAGCUGUUAAUUUAUCCAGUAUAUAAAGUAAGCAGUAUUAGUGUAUUUUAGGAAAUGACCACCAUUAUUUAUCGUGGGGGUCUAUU